AUGUUUGAUCCUGUGAUUCCCAUCGAGACCCAGAUGCAGGUGUCUAUGGUCGUGAUUCCAGUCGUCUUUGGACUCUUGGCAACCACCGCCGUUGGUCUCAGAAUCGCUGCGCGACAUAUAUCCCAUCGAGCACUAGACCCGAGCGACUAUGUCAUGAUCGCGGCUCUCAUCGUGAACUUGGCAUUCUGCGGUCUCAUUGCUGCAGAGCCAUUCACGGGUGCUGGAAUGCACAUGACGGAUCUCGUGGCACGGUAUGGGACAUCACCGAUUGUGACUUAUACCAAGAUGACGGUAGCGAACCAGAUUCUCUGGGCAUUGGCAGUAUGUUUGCCAAAAGUGUCGAUUCUUAUGCUAUACACCAAAGUCUUUGCCGUACCUUUCUUCAUCUUAUCGGCGCGAAUCAGCGGCGUCGUGGUUAUACUGUUGGGCGUCGCCACCAUACUGGGAGCUUUGCUGCAAUGUCAACCCUUUGCGUACAACUGGGAUCAAACGAUUGAAGGUGGCCACUGCGGUGACCAAGUCCUCUCGUUCAAGAUUACCGCCUCAAUUAAUGUUAUCCUCGACAUCGUGGUACUCUUCCUGCCAAUGCCUUAUCUCGCCGGCUUGGAAAUGGCUUGGAAGAAGAAGAUUAUUUUGAUUGUUACCUUCGCAGGUGGUUUCAUUACAUGCAUCUUCAGCGCUUUGCGUAUUGCUGCCGUCGUCAACAUGGACUAUGCUGACUUGACCUAUCUUGCCGGUCUGCCAAGUAUCUACUCAGUGAUUGAACCGUCACUCAUCAUCACACUGGCGUGUAUUCCGGUGCUGAGGCCCUUGCUCGGAGGCGACUAUUCAUCCCGAGGAACCUAUCGUGGAUCGGGUCCCAAGAAAGUCACGGAUCGAAACGUGCCAUGCCAAUCAUUUCGGCUGGGCACCAGGAAGAAGACGGGAUUCUUUACGAUUGAUGAUGUCCACAGUCAGGGCGAGGAUUCGUCCAGUAAUAAAUGA